AUGUACUCGUUGGAGGUAACCGUAAAAUCAGCAGUGAACCUCCAAAAUGUUGAGAUAUCCGGGAAAAGUGAUCCAUAUGUCAUCGUGGAAUUUCAAGGCAUGUCGAAGGAGACAAAGGUGAUUGAAGAUGAACUUAAUCCAGUGUGGAAUGAGGUAUUAACUAUAGACCUUAAAGGUAAGCCACUGCUUGCAGCAGACAAGAUGCUUGUCACCGUGAAGGAUCACGAUAAAGUCACGCCUGACAAAUUCAUGGGCUCCGCCGAAAUUCCACUGAGGGAGGUUGUGACCGGAAAGGGUGAAAUGAACUUGAAAAUUUAUUUGAAGAACAAAAAAGGCCAAGAAACAAUGUCCACACUCGAGUUAUCUGUGAGGUAUAUUACACCAAAGAAAGCCGCGGAUUCUUCCGGGGGUACGGUAAUUGUCCAAGGUGAGGAUGCCAGCCAAGUUGUGGAUAAUCUUGGCCAAGAGACGGUGGAACAGUACGAUACAGACGCUGGCAUCGUCAUGCCAAGUGAUGUUACGGCGGCCACUGGCGGAGGCGGUCAAGUGCUGAGUCGCAAAGUUCGUGAACCCUACUCGACAAAGCCGCAAGAUUUCCAAAUCCGAGUGAAGAUCAUCGAAGCUCGACAACUUCAGGGUUCCAACAUUCCUCCUGUGUGCAAGGUGAACUGUGCCGGAAAAUCUAAAGAGACCAAGAUCAGGGCUCCCACGAAUUCACCUUACUGGAAUGAGACAUUUUUCUUCAAUUUUCAUGAGGCACCGUCCAAACUUCUCGAUCAGUCGAUCUCGUUUGGGGUGUAUCACUCCAGAAAGCUACGCAAAGAUGCGCUGAUUGGGUCGUUUAAAUUUGACUUGGCUCUUGCCUACGAACAAGACAAGCACGCGUUACUCAACAAGUGGCUGCUUCUUUGUGACCCAGAGGGUCCCAUGUCCGGAGCCAAAGGGUACCUGAAGGUUUCUGUGGUCAUCUUGGGACCAGGAGAUGAAGCACCGAGCAUGAAGGUUGAUUCAGACAACGAGGAUGAUAUCGAAGCUAACCUGCUUCGGCCUGCCGGUGUGCAACUACGGCCGGCAAUGUUCACUUUACGCAUCUAUAACGCAGAAGAUUUGCCAAGAAUGGACCCCGACACUUUCAAGGGCAUUCGAAACUUAAUGAGCAAGGACGAAGAGAAGCAAUUUGUCGACCCGUAUGUGGAAGUUAACUUUGCUGGCAAGAAGCUAAAAACCUCCACUAAAUACUGCACUGACCACCCGGAGUGGAACGAGGAAAUGGUGCUGAAUUUCCAGUUCCCUUCGAUGUGUGAGAAGAUUCGAAUAACGGCCUAUGACUGGGAUCGCGUGGGAAACAAUGACCCCAUAGGGACGGGGACGAUUUGGUUGCCGUUAAUCUCGGCAUACCGUGAUGACUCCGAUGGAUUUCUGCCUGUUUUUGGACCAUCCUACAUCAAUCUUUAUGGAUCACCGAGAGAAUUUACCGACAUGCCGAACAAGUACGAUGCCAUGAACUCGGGAAAACUAGAAGGCGCCUCCUAUCGCGGUCGUAUCUUGGUCGAAUUGCGAACCGAACUUUUGGAUGAGCCAACGACUGACGAAAUCCGGUCUAUCGACGCGGACACCGUGGCACGAAUCCAGAAGUGUCUUCGUCGUCGGAAAUACCGACUCUUUGGAACAUUCAUUUCUGCCACGCAAAUUCCCGGCGAGAAAAGCUCGCCCAUCGAGUUUGAGGUUAGUGUGGGCAAUCACGGAAACAAACUGGAUGAUUCGGUGCCUCCUUGUGUCUCGACCACCCCACCCACAAACCCCAUUUACGAUGGGUCAUUUUACAGCUACCUACCCUGGGGUGACAACAAGCCAUGCACCGUGGUCGACUCUCAAUGGGAGGAUAUUUCGUAUCGCCUGUUCGCCAAAAAUAUGCUAAAUCGAAUCGCACAAAACUUGGACGUGAAUGUUCAGAAAAUCAAAAUGGGCUUGUCGGCCAGUGCCACUGAAGAACAUUUAGCGCAGUUGGCAAUCGCCACACUCGAUGAGUUCAUCCUCGAUUGUGGCCAAGACUUGCCCGAGUGGGACCCCGAGAAUAAUCCACCAAAUGAGAUGGACUUCCGUUUACGAGAACUUCGUGACAGCCAAUUGGCCUACCUUAGGGAAACGGCUGUAGAGGCCAGGGAAAGCUUGAAGACUAUCGAUGAGGCGGUGAUUCUGUUCAAUGGACUUUCAGAAACUAUGAAGAAUUUGGCCAAAGAACCGCAAGAAAGUUUCCCCGAUGUCGUCAUUUGGAUGCUCAGUGGAGGAAAGCGCAAGGCAUACUACAGAAUCCCGCCGGAUAAAGUCAUCUACAGUACAAAUCCAGUUUUUAUAGGCGCAUUUUGUGGCAUCCCUCAGAUAGUAAAUUUCAAGAAACUGACGGCGAAAGACGAAAGUGAAGAGCAAUGUAUCAGGCCAGCAGUUCAGGUCAGAGCGAUCUUCUGGUUAGGACUGGAGAAAGAUCAAGCAGCUUGGAAUGAAUCGUUGGUGGAGUCAACAACCCAUGUGGUCGCAGAAACGUAUGAAAACCAAGCCUCGAUUGUUGGCAAGUGGGUCACGAAGAGACCACCACUGACGCGACCUGCGUGGUCAGACAGCACCGGAAAGAUUGAAUUAAAGAAGGAAAAUUUCUACCCUCCAGAAGGAUGGCAGUGGGAUGGAGAUUGGUUCCUCGAUCCGGAAAUGUCAGUGACGUAUCAAAAUGACACCGGUAAGACAGUGUACAUCGAAGAAGUUUACUACAACGAGGCACGCACUCCAACCACAUCAUGGGCGCCUGCAACUCCGGAAUACACCGAUUCUCAAGGAGAGCCCCACGAACCGUUGGACCAAGUGGAACUGCCUGAGGGUUGGUCUUGGGUCGGUGAUUGGGAAGUAGAUCUGAAGCGAGUCUGUGACGAAGAAGGUUUUGAAUAUGCAGUCACCGCUUCGGAAGACAGCUACGUAGCAACGGAGAAGCUACACCACAUGUUUCGUAGGAAAAGGAUGGUGCGCAAGCGUAUACUAGGCGACGCUGGAUUGGCAGUGAAGCAGGAGGUUGUCGGGAGCAUUCUUGGUCAGAAACGA